AUGGCGGACACGAUGGAAGUUGAGAAGGGAGGCGACAAGCCCAAGACCCUGGAGGAGGCGCUGCAGGAAGAGGAAAUUGACCCUGAGAUCCUCAAUAGCUCGGUCGAUGACAUCACUGCGCGCACGAGGGCACUCGAUCGAGAAAUCCAGAUCUUGAGGCACGAACAAAACCGGCUUCACCACGAGCAGGCCGGCCUCAAGGAGAAGAUCAAGGAGAACAACGAGAAGAUUAAGCUCAACAAGCAGCUCCCCUAUCUCGUCGCCAAUGUCGUCGAGCUGAUUGAUGCCGAGCCCGAGGAAGAGGAGGAGGGCAGCACCAUGGAACUGGACGCUCAUCCCGCCACUGGCAAAUGCGCAGUGAUCAAGACGUCCGACCGAAAGACCAUCUUCCUCCCCGUGGUGGGUCUGGUGGACCCUGCCGAGCUGAGGCCCGCCGACCUCAUCGGCGUAAACAAGGACAGCUACCUCAUCCUCGACACUCUUCCGCCCGAGUACGAUGCCCGUGUGAAGGCCAUGGAAGUCGACGAGCGGCCCACCGAGGACUACUCAGACGUCGGUGGUCUCCACAAGCAGAUCGAGGAGCUCAUCGAAGCCGUCGUGCUUCCCAUCACUCACAAGGAUCGUUUCCUUUCUAUCGGCAUCCAGCCGCCCAAAGGCGUGCUGUUGUACGGCCCGCCCGGCACGGGUAAGACGCUGAUGGCCCGUGCUUGCGCGGCGCAGACCAAGUCUACCUUCCUCAAGCUGGCCGGCCCCCAGCUGGUGCAGAUGUUCAUCGGUGACGGUGCCAAGCUGGUGCGCGACGCCUUUGCGCUGGCCAAGGAGAAGGCGCCCGCUAUCAUCUUCAUCGACGAGCUGGACGCCAUCGGCACCAAGCGUUUCGACAGCGACAAGUCCGGUGACAGAGAGGUGCAGCGCACGAUGCUGGAGCUACUCAACCAGCUCGACGGAUUCAGCAGCGACCUCAGCGUGAAGGUCAUCGCCGCCACCAACCGAAUCGACAUUCUCGACCCCGCCCUGCUGCGUUCGGGACGUCUGGACAGGAAGAUCGAGUUCCCUCUGCCCAACGAGCAGGCUCGCGCCUCCAUCCUCCGCAUCCACUCGCGUAAGAUGAACGUCAGCAAGGAUGUCAACUUCGAGGAGCUGGGCCAGAGCACGGAGGACUUCAACGGCGCUCAGCUCAAGGCCGUGUGCGUGGAGGCGGGUAUGCUUGCGCUGAGGAGAGACGCCGAGGACCUCAGGCACGAGGACUUCAUGGAGGGCAUCGCCGCCGUUCAGGCAAAGAAGAAGAAGAGUCUGCAGUACUACGCCUAA